AUGUCCAGUCUCCUUCAAGUGGCGGUCGGCCUGGCGAUCUUGCUGGUCGUCGUCUACAAAGGCAUCAUCUACCCGGCCUUCCUCUCCCCACUUGCUCAAAUCCCCAAUGCGCAUUGGAGUGUGCCCAUCUCACCGGUUUGGAUGCUGUGGAGGCGCUUUCGAAUGCGAAAUAAUCGGACCAUCCAGGCGGCGCAUGAGCAAUUGGGUCCUAUCGUGAGACUGGGUCCUUCGGAGAUCUCCAUCAAUUGUGUCGAUGGGGGUAUCAAGUCUGUCUAUACGGGCGGUUUCGAGAAACAUGAAUGGUAUCCUCGAUUGUUUGGAUCACUUGGAACCGUGAGCAUGUUCACCAUGGUAGGGAGCAAGCCGCAUUCAGUUCGCAAGAGGAUGUUGUCCAACAUCUACUCCAAAUCGACACUGCAGACCUCGCCCAACUUGCAGUUGGUGUCCAAGGCCGUCAUUCUCGAGCGUCUGCUCCCCAUUCUCCAACAAGUGGCGAAAUCGGGCGAACCUCUCGACGUACAUGACCUCAACCAAGGGCUCACCAUGGACUUUGUAUCCGGCUACCUCUUUGGCCUGCGAAACGGCACCAACCAUGUUGAGAACCACGACUAUCGAAGACGCUGGUUGCACAUGUAUCUGUGUCGGAAGCCGUUUGAAUUUUAUCAUCAGGAAGUGCCCCGUCUCUACCGGUGGAUGAAAUGUCUCGGUCUGCGUGUGAUCCCCAAGUACUGUGACGAAGCCAAUGAUCUGCUCGAUGCCUGGGCUCUCGACCUCUGUGGCAAGGCCGAACAAUCGCUGGCCUCGACGGAUCCAGCCGUCGAACCGAUUGUCUACAAGCAGCUGAAGCAGGGCCUGGACAAACAAGCUGCCAAAGAAGGCAUCAAGCCUAAUCUUGCGCAGCAAUUAAACGAUAUUGCAUGCGAAAUGUACGACCAACUCACCGCCGGCUUCGAAACCAGCGCCGUAGGAUUGACCUAUCUCCUUUGGCAACUAUCCCGCCACCCAGAUAUCCAAGAUCGUCUGCGUGAAGAACUACACCUCAAUCUCAACCCGACCAUUCGAUUCCCUGGAUCGACAGAGUUACCCUCGCCCAAAUCCAUCGACACUUUACCUUUACUCGACGCCAUCAUCACAGAGACACUACGACUCCAUGCGCCCAUCCCAGGCAUCCAGCCCCGCGUCACUCCAGAACCCUCAUGCAGUCUGGCCGGAUAUGACAAUAUUCCUCCAGGCACUCGCGUCAACGCACAGGCGUACUCUCUCCACCGCAACCCCCAGGUUUACCCAGAUCCGGAAUCAUGGCAGCCCACACGCUGGCUCAAGGCAGAGAAUACCCCCGACGAACUGGAGGAACGACGACGCUGGUUCUGGGCAUUCGGUAGCGGGGGCCGUAUGUGCGUGGGCAGUAAUCUUGCACUACAAGAGACCAAACUUGUUGCCGCGGCAAUUUAUUCGAAUUUCCGUACGACGAUUGUCAAUGAUCAAGGCAUCGAAGCUAUCGAUGCUUACACAGUUCAUCCCAGAGGUGAGAAGCUGUUUCUCAAGUUUGAGAAGGUUUGA